AUGACUCGAGCAAAACACGAAGCAGGUGUUCCUUUGGAACUUAUCAAACCCAAAAAAGGGGCACGAACUUCUACGGCCAGACGAGAACAGUUACGAUCUCAAAAUGUUCCUGAAGGAAUCCUUAAGAAAAGCGAAAAUACCUGGAAGACUAAUGGCUUAGCCGCACACAGCACAUAUGACGAAAACAAACGUACCAAUUGGGAUCGAGAAGAUAAAAUCAACUCAUUUAAUGACAUUGACUUUGUCAACAACCGACAUCGUACAUCCAACAACAGUAGAACCCACAGUAGUCAAGGCAACAGAUACGAUGACGAUCAGGCAGGAUUCCAAAGAGGCAGCUAUCGACAAAACUUUAAUGAUAACGAUCACCAGAAUAAUCGAGACUACUAUGGAAGUACCCGGGAAAGAAGAUACAACAACAACAACCGUCGAACAGAAAGUUGGGAUGAUGGCUAUGAUAGUAGACACGGCUCCGAGAGUCAGGGUAGAAAUGAAUAUUCUCGAAAAGAGAAUCCUGACCGAAACGUAUACAGGGAUCUAGAUCUCAAGGCACGCAAAGAGUACAGCACUGUAGAAGAAGGGAGAAUAAAAGAGAAUAGAACCUCGACUGACAGAAUCAAACGAGAGAGAAAUACAAAAGAAGCAGGUGGAUAUAUCCCCAGUGUUUUAAAUUCGAUGAAGACAAGAGAACCAGCAGGCCUUUCUCAACGUCUUAUAAAAAUUGUCCAAAACGUAACACAACCAGAGAAUCCUCACAGUGUAAAGGUUGCAGUUAUUGGUGAAGCGAACGCAGGAAAAUCGACCCUUAUCAACAAAAUUGUAGGAGAACAGGUCACAGUUGUCUCAUCCAAAGCACAUACCACACGAGAGAGAAUCUUGGCAGUCCUCUCUCAAGACAAUUACCAAGUCGUCUUCUUAGAUACACCUGGUAUUGUUCCCGAUAAUAGUGGCAUCAAGAUGAAUAGAACGCUCUUGACAUCUGCAUGGCGAUCUUUGGAUGAAGCAGAUCAUGUUGUCAUUUUGGUUGAUUCCAGAAAGGCAUUGAUGCCUGAAGCUAGAUUAGCAGAAGAAUCUAUCAUUGCUCAGCUCAAAAAAUAUUCUAUUCCUGCCACUCUUGUAUUCAACAAGAUGGAUUUGUUGGACAGUGAUGACACUAUUCUGGAGGAAGUUACGGCACGAUACAAAGAAGGCUAUUGUCAUAUCAAGCAAACACUUUAUGUUUCUGCACUGAAAGAAUCUGGUCUUACCAAACUCAAGGAUUCUCUCUUUUCGGUCUCCCAACCAAAAGAGUGGGCUUAUCCCAAAGAACUCAAGUCCGAGAUGUCUGAUCUCAAACGAGUAGAGGAAUUGAUUCGUGUAGAAUUCUUUAAGCGCCUGCACCAAUAUAUUCCUUACAUGCUCAAACAGGAAAAUGUAGGCUGGACAGAGACAGAAAAGGGCAUUCGAAUCGACCAAACCGUCUACGUGGAGCGUGACAGUCAGCAGAAGAUUGUUGUUGGCGCCAAGGGCGCGGUCAUUGAUCAGGUUGUUCAGGAAGCACGGACUCAAAUCAGCUUAGCGCUCAACCGACCUGUUCAAUUAUAUAUUCAAGUCAGAACAAAAAAACACUAG